AACAAUUCUAUGUGAAUUAUGUUACCAUGUCAUAAUCUGUCAAAAAUGCGACAUUGAAUUUCAUGUUCCACAUAUUUUAGUGGCUUUACCAAAAUUUCUUUAGAAUGUCUCAAAUAGAAAUAAAAGCUUAUCAGCUUCGCAAUGAAGCCGUCAAGCGUGUAAGUGGCACUAACUUUUUCAAACAGUGGUUUUCUACGGAUCAUCUAGGAGAAUCUGUGGAGUAUUUUAAAAGAGCGGGAAACCUAUUUAAAAUGGCGAAAAAUUGGUCUCAAGCUGCAACUGCGUUUUAUGAUGCGGCUAGUCUAAGUUUCAAACGAAACGAUACAAGUGAAGCUGCUUUUGAUCUUAUAGAAGCUGCGAAUUGUUAUAAAAAUUACGAUACGUCAAAAGCCGUAGAGAGUUACCUUAAAGCUAUAAAUAUCUAUGAGGAAAAUAGUAAAUUAAUAACUGCAGCAAAAUAUUAUCAAAUCAUAGCUGAACUUUUGGAGGAUGAGUUUGAUACAAAGGAAGCGGUCACCUAUUAUGCAAAAGCGGCAGAAAUAUAUAGAAAAGAAUGCAGUUAUUCUGCCGCCAAUAAAUGUUAUGAAAAAAUUGCAGAAUAUGCUGCUUUGUCACAAAAUUACGUAAGGGCUGUGAAGAUCUUUGAAGAAAUUGCUUGUUUAGACUUAGCCAGCUCCAUCCUUAAGUACGCUGCCAAACAUUACUUCUUCAGAGCUGCCAUUUGUCUUCUCUGUGCUGGUUACGAUGUUACAGCAAAGUUGAGAACCUACCUUAAUAUUUACCCGGCGUUUGAAGAUACCAGGGAAUACCAAUUAAUUAUGUGUUUGCACGAAUGUCUACAAGUUGGCGACAUCGAUGGUUUUGAGAAUGCAGUUAAAAAAUUUGAUUCUGUAACGGAGUUGAGUCAGUGGCAUAUUACUCUAUUGCUCAGAGCGAAAAAACACAUUGAAGGGGCAUAUGUGUUAAAUUGACUUUUUAGCAUGUUUAGGGUUUUUAAUAAAAUUAUUUAUUUACAACA